UUACAGAAAUGUCCGUAGUGCGAGCAGAGAUAUCGACUUGUUACGCACUUUCUCAAAAAAACGAGUCUAUCAAUGAUAAUGGUUGCUCUGUGAGUUUCGAUAAAUCUCUAUGCUGGUUGAAAGCUGACUACGGAGCAAAAGUGGAGCGAUUGUGUCCAUUCACUUAUUGUCCUUCAGUGCCAGGAUGUGAGCUAGUAGCAAACAGCCAUAUGGUGACUCGAGUAUGUGGAUCCAAUGGUGAAUGGCAAGACUCAAAUUACAGUCAGUGUAUUACGGUAGUUGAGGAAUACCAGCACUGCAUACAAGGAUUCUGUCGAGUGUGCCCCGACUUUCUUCGAGAUCUUGUAAUCUCUGUGUCUUUAACUCUCUCCAUCGUAUCGGUCACCUUGCUAGUUGCAGCUAUAUUACUUUUCUCCAUAUUCGAUUCUAUUCAAUGUCGUCGCUUGUCAAUUCACAAGAACCUCGCUACUGCUUUUGUCUUUCGAUUUGCUCUGUUAGCUAUCUGGACCAUUGUACAAUCGACCAAUCUUUUCAAAGACUGCACUACGUUUAAUCCGCAACCUCUUUGGGAGCUGGAGUGGAUAUGUAAAACAAUUCUUUGGCUUGUGAUAUACUUCCAGGUAGCCUCUGUGAUAUGGAUGUUAAUCGAAGGAGCGUAUCUGUACAGUCGAUUCACUGUUUUCGCGAUGCGUCAUAGUGAUGCUCCUUGGUUUCUGUAUAUGUUAUGCGGAUGGGGUGUUCCUCUCACUGUUGUGAUAUGUUGGACUGUGGUGCACGAGUACAAGUCUCGACAACAAAAUUCUUUUUGUUGGGUUCCUUAUGCUCAAGGAAAUCAUCUUUGGAUCCUUUCUGGAACAAUGGGUUUUGCAUUUAUAAUGAAUUUUUUGUUCCUUCUUGGAAUAGUGAUUAUCCUGGUACAAAAGUUGCGAACGGAAAACUCAGCUGAAUCCAGAAAAAUAUGGCGAACAAUCAAAGCUACGUUGUUGCUGGUCCCGCUGCUUGGGAUAUCGAAUAUUCCACUGUUUUACGAGCCAGAACAACCAAGUGCAGUUUACAUGCUAGGAUCUGCAAUUUUCCAGAAUUCACAGGGCAUAUUUAUCUCUGUUCUCUACUGCUUUUUGAAUAGCGAAGUCCAGAACGCAGUAAAAAGACAGCUAUCCAAAGUUCCUCUGGAGUUCUUCAAGCCUCGACAACGGUUUGAAACGGAGAGAACGUACGUGCCGGAAAAUAGAAAUGUAACCAAGCAUGGGGUGCCAAUGGAAGAACUGAAUGGUACAAAAAAAGUUCCACAAGAAACCACACCAUUGAAUCAGGUUGUUCCUGAGUCACAAAUCUUUUCCGUGUCCACGGCGCGUCGACCUUGCUCACCGGAUGACGCCGACUGAUAAUUCAGCCAAAUGAAUGCCUUUCGUAUGUACAUCUUUCCUUUGUCUCCUUGUGGAGGUUCUGUUAUGUCUUCAAAGUCUGUAUCGCACGUAUUUGUUCGGUAUUCCUUGUGAUUCAAGUUGGUAGUUUUUACGGGUGUCACCUUGCCGAAGAUUCUCGCAAAGAUUGGUAUACAAGCAAAAUUAUCUGUAACAAAUUUUUCUCGCCCUUGCAAGAUAAGGCUAACUAGCACUGCUUCUCGCAAUUCUUGUCUUCUCGUGUGCUAGCAGUCCAUGUAUUGGUCUUCGUGUGAUCUCACCAAUCCCUUUACUCAACGCAUAUGAAUACAACGAUUUGUCUACGAAAUUACAGAUAAUAAAGCGAUAUAUU